GGUGUUGAAAGUUAGCAGUAGAACGCGGAUUCCCUGUGUUCUGCCCGCAAGCGCGUAGGCGGUGAAGAGAGGCACAGGGGACCCCUGCUUGUGACGUGCCUCGGUCUGUGUACCUGAUGGUGCAUCGCCAAAUAAUUCCAUCUCCUGAACAAUUACCGCCAUGAUUCCCCCUGAGAAACCGACAAGUCUGCGAGUCCUAUCGCUCAAUUGCUGGGGCCUCAAGUUUAUAUCUACACUCCGCAAUGAGCGCUUGACUGAGAUUGGCCGCCAAAUUGCCGCUGCAGAUCCUCGUCCAGACAUUGUCGGCCUCCAAGAAUGCUGGACACAGCAGGACUAUGAAGCCAUUCGCGAUCUCACCAAAGAGAUACUGCCGUAUGGAAAGUUUUAUCAUAGCGGCUGCUUUGGAGGCGGGCUUGCCAUCCUAUCCAGAUGGCCAAUUGAAGAGAGCAACAUGGUGCGGUAUCCGCUCAACGGACGACCUGCUGCUUUUUACCGUGGAGACUGGUUCGUCGGCAAGGGUGUUGCGUGUGCACGCAUACGCAUAGGGCCGGCUUCUAAAGACGUGGCAGAAGUCUUCACUACGCACCUUCAUGCACCGUACGAAGCCGAACCGCACGAUUCUUACAUCUGCCAUCGAACGGCCCAGGCAUGGGAAAUAGCAAAACUCAUGCGUGCAGCUGCCGAGCGCGGGCAUUUGGUCAUCGGCAUGGGAGACUUCAACAUGGUCCCCCUUUCGCUGGCGCACCGCAUUGUCGAGACACACGCUCCUGUGAAGGAUGUAUGGCGCAUCCUCCACCCCGAUUCGUCGCACGGCGCAGCGAAAGACAAAGUGGAGCAGCUACGCGGCGUUCCCAUGCCAAAUGCCGAGUUCAAUCUCACAACGAAUGGCACGACGUGUGACAGCGCCUUCAAUUCGUGGAGAUGGAACGAAGCACACAAGAAGCGGCUGAAAAGGGGCGAGAACGUGCAGAUAGACCCUGCCGUGGACGACCCCAGCGCAAAGCGACUCGAUUACAUCUUCUUCAGCAGCGCACGACACCAUGAUGCAAACACGGGAGAGGAGACCGCUGAGUGGGAGCUUGAGCAGGCAAACGUUGGCAUGACUAUGCGCCAUCCAACGCUACACUGCUCGCUCAGCGAUCAUUUUUCUGUCGAGUGCACGUUGACAAGGAAGGAUAAUCCCCACGCCGCGCACGCUUCCGACGUCGUCAAUCGAUACCUACCUAUUGAGACGUACGAAGAGAUCAUAGCAACACUGGUCAAAUACAUGGACCGUCAACGAUUGCAGCGUAAGUUGCGCAUUGGGCACUUCUUCUUCCAACUUUCUGUGUGGGUCGCCUGCAUGAUUGGAGUCUGGUGGUCGCCGCACAACUAUGUAUCUUUCAUAUUAAUGCUGUUGAGCUCGUUGGGGCUGGGUGUUGGUGUCAUUGAUGGAUUGAUGGGCUUGCUGUUUGGCGGCAGCGAGAUGAGGGCGCUGAAGGAGUUUGAGUGGGAGCGACACUCCCACAAACGUCAAAAAAGGCGCAAGGCCCCCCAGAGCUGCGCAACAGCGACCGACCCCAUCAUGAGCAGCUCCCAGCCCCAAGCAGCUGGCGCUGGCCAGCAGCAGCAACAAGGCCCAAAGCUGCUCAAAGCUGACGAUAUACUUAGGCUGCACUGUCUGACGGAAGAUGAGAAGCAGAAGUAUAGGAUACUCAUGCAAAACACCUGGAAUAUGUUCAACAAUGCUGCCGCAGGCAGUCCAGAGCAGGCUCAGGCGCGUCAGACAUUGCAGCAGUUCUCCCAGAAGUUCAUCGCUAGAGAGCGCGCACAUAGAGCAAAGGUCCAGCAGCAACAGCAGGGCGGGCAAGGACAGUCUGGUCAGCCAAACGCAGGCGCACAGCAGAACUCGGUCAAGCAGGAAGGGCAGGGGAGUGCUGGAGAAGCCGCUGCGAAUCAACAGCAGCCGUCGCAACCGCAGAAUCAAGGCCAGCAGCGACCACAGAACCCCUCUUUUCCGUUUACGCUGCCACUGAACUUCACAUUGGGCACCCCUGAUGCCGAUACAAAGCUCAAGGAAUAUAAGAAUGGAUACCUCAACAUGAUCCAGGCGCAGAUACAGGAGCGAGGAAAGAGCGGGCAAGAGGUACCACAAGAACUGACGAAUGCCAAGAACAAGGUCGAGGAGGAGUAUUACCGCAUGAAGGCUCAGAUCGAGAAGUUUCGCGGCCUGCAGAAACAGUGGAAAGACGAGCGAGCUGGUCAAGGGCAGGGUGCACAGCCUACACAGCCCCAGCAAAAUCCAUCGCAGCAGCAGCAGCAGCAGUCACAGCCGCAGCAGCCACAACAAGCUCAACAGUCACAGCAGUCUCAGCAGCCGCAGCCGCAACGACAGCCUUCACUUUCGGGACCGAGCGGCCAGCCUGCAGUGAAGGAGGAGCCGCAGAUAAAGAUCGAGGGCGGGCUGCCGCAACUGCCGCAAACGCAGCAACUGCCGCAAUUCAACCAGCAGCCACCUCAGAACGCCCAACAACCGCAACAGCAACUUCAACAGCCACAACAACAGCAGCAGCAACCAAUGCAGCAGCAAGGGCAGUCACAACAACAAUUGCAGCGCCCACCACCAGCACCGCAUUCUCUUUCGAUGCCUCAACAUCAAUUUCAACAGCAAGGACAACAAGGACAGCAAGGACAGCCACAGCAGCCUCAGUUGCCGCAGCAAGGACAGGCUCGACCGCAGAUCAACCCACACCAGGCGAACAUGCAACAGCAGCAUCAGCAAAGCAACUCGCCGCACCCGCAGUCCGCGACGGGCAACGGUCCUCCAGUCCCGCUUUCUCACCAAGCUGCUGUCAGCGCCGCAAACCGCUCCUACACAGACCCUGCGCGGUCCAACACGCCCAUGCAAGGCGGUCCAGCAGGCAACUUCCAUGCGCCUGGCAGUCGCGAGCGCGAGCAGCUCAAUAACCCCAAGAUGCCAAUCCCGCGCCAUCUGAACGUCACAUCACCCGUGCCUGUCAACAUGGGUCAGCAGCGACCAACUAUGAGCGGGCCGACCAACGGUGCACCGGGACCUAUGGGUCAGCCUGUGAUAUCAAGGCCGCCACCGUUCCAGCUUGAAGGCGAAGGUGAUCGCGUGCUCAGCAAGCGGAAAUUGGACGAGUUGGUGAGGCAAGUCACGGGCGGGAGUGAGGAGGCGCUGACACCAGAAGUUGAAGACGCGGUCCUCCAGCUCGCAGACGAUUUCGUUGACAAUGUCAUCUCCAACGCUUGCAAGCUGUCCAAGCUCCGCGACAGCCCGCAACUCGAUAUCCGCGACAUCCAGCACGUUCUUGAGCGCAGCUAUAACAUUCGCAUUCCAGGUUACGCAUCGGAUGAGGUGCGCACAGUGAGGAAGAUUGUGCCGGCGGCCGGGUGGGUGGACAAGAUGAAGGCGGUCAACGCAGCGAAGGUUAUGGGUGGAAAGACCGACUUUUAAAGGGUGGAACAGACUCCAGGGAGCUUAACCUGUUGAGCGGAUGAGACUCGAGGAGGAUAUAGGGCUGGUGAAAAUAUUUGGCAGGAACAAGGCUAUCUGGAAUUCUUGGUCGAUGGUGGAGGAGUAUUGUAAUGCACGGGUUGCACAGCAGCUCAAAGAUUCUUACGAUUUGAUGCACAGAGAGGAUUUAUUACCUCUGGAAUACAAAAGGCUAUUCCUUUCCCACGUGCACGCAUUCACAAUGCAAAAAGGUCGAGGCAUAUGCACCGCU